AUGUAGUAGGAAAAGAAAUUACUUUACAAGAUAAUAGUAUAAAACUUACAAAUACCAAACAUUAUUGUUAUAAUCAUCUUAAAGAUUGCCCUUAUUUUGCAGCAAAGUAUCUAUCUGAACAAAUAAAAAAUAUACUCAGCUCAGUUGUGCCUUCAACAUCAAAAAACCAAGCAAUAAUAUCUUUUACAGAUGAUGAUAACGAUGACAAUGAAAAUGAUUCACUAACCUGCUCCUCUACUUUAUUAUUAGUUUCAAAAAAACAGACAACAUUAUCUCAAUAUAUUGGCCAUCCACUUAAUGCAUCUGAAGUUGAAAACCCUGAAGUUAAAACAUUAUUUAGUUUUAUUUCUCCACACCUAAAAUUACCUGACCGAAAAAUGCUUAGCAUAGUUUUUAUCACAUCUUCAGGAGAAACUUUAAUCUGGAGAGCAAAUGAUAUUAGUAUUGAGAGACAACAGCAGGAAGAAGUAAUUGCUCAAAUUCGUAUACUUUUUGAAGAGACAAAAGAAUUAAAUAUUAGAGCAAAUUGUAUUGUAACAGAUUUAGCUAGAUCAUAUGCUGUGGCUUGUCAUUUUUUGAGACAUGAAAUGCGAGACAAAACUCUUGUAACCAAAGAUAAUGUGGCCUUAGAUGAUGAAUUAAAGCUUCCGGCCGAUAUUAAAGCUGCUAUUAAUCAUGAUUCUUUUUGGAACUCUCUUGUAACAUUACAUGAUAUGCUUCAUCCUUUUUGUAAAGUGCUUGAUAUUAUGCAACGCGAUAAAGCUUGUCUUCAUAAUGUUUUACAUACCUUUGGUUAUUUUAUGCAAAUAUUCAAGGAGCUUGAAGAUGUUGUACUUAAUGAAUGGGAAGAAUUACUAAUUGAUAAAGAGCUGGAAGAAGAAUGGGACGACCUUGAUGAUACUAAUAUGGAUAUAGAUUUUCUUAAUUCAGAAAUUCACUCUGCUGAAGAUCAAGCUGCUAAAUAG